AUGACAAUAAAGGACCAUAGAUUACGAAUAUUUAUUGUUCGUCAUGGUCAAACCGAUCAUAAUGUUCAAAAAAUUUUGCAAGGACAAUUAGACACGCCGAUGAACUCCACUGGAUAUUCACAAUCAAAACUUUUGGGUCAACGUUUCUCGAAUCUUACGAUUGAUAAAUUUGUCACAUCUGACUUGGAACGAUGUCAAGAAACUUUAAGAUGUAUCCUUGAACAGCAGCCUGGAGAUUUAAACACAAACUCUGGUGCUACCCCAACCUUAGAUUCAAGCACAUCUUCGACAACUUUGUCAAAUUUGGUAGUAAAAAAUACAACAGGACCAUGCGCAGAGCAGGAUUCAGUGAAAACCGCAAGCCAACAAGAGUUUAGCAACCAUGAAAACCUGAUUCCAGAAUCCAACAUAAAAAAUACUUUUACCCUGCAGCUAGUGUCAUCCCAUCCCAAAGUGAAAAUUACACCAAAUUUACGUGAACGAAACAUGGGUAUAGUGCAGGGAAUGUACCUCAAGGAUGCUCUUGCACAAUAUGGUCCCAAUUUCCGCAAUUAUGGUGAAUCUGAAUCGGAGCUAUGUACACGGGUUUGGAUCGAGUUUCAACAGCUUAUAGCUGCUAGUGAUGAUGGUAUUGAGUAUGCAUUAAUGUGUACCCACGGUGGUGUGAUAACUCGAUUUUUUAAUUACUUGCAUGAAACAUUGGGGUUUAAAUUGGAAGAAGGAAUGUCCAAAGAUGAUUUAAAGGUUCCAUUUAAUACCUCGGUGCUGAUUGUUGAUAUAGACAGGUACCAUGGCGAGGGCAUGAUUCGUAAAUUUGGGUGUACUAAGCAUCUAGGUGGAGAGUUUCAAGUUGAAGACCAAUUGCUUCGCUAA